AUGUCCCGCUCGGGCAAAAGACCCCUCCUGGCAGGCACGGCUCACGGCUUCUUGGAUGUGGGGUUGGAGUCUUGGCUCCUGUGGCGUGGAAGAUGGGUUUCCACGAAGGUGAUGGAGACCUACGCGCAAGAAGCUUGGUCUUUUCAGUUCUUGCCAGGAAGCAGAUUUGGAAAGGGGCUCGAAUUCCCCCUUGAGCUCUCAGAUUGGUUUCGUUGGCGUGAAGACAUGGUCGCAAUUUUUGUGGGCCCACGUGGCCGGAAGAGUCGCUCCAGUGCGGCUUCUGCCAGUGGUUGUGUGCAUUUCCACAAAAACCAAAAACCGAGAGGCAAACAUGUGCUUGGAAGGUCUUAUAACAAUGACAUUAACAACAAUAUAUGA